AUGACUCCGGCUCGUUGCAUUGAGGCUUCGAUGUCGGAGAAGGAGGGUUCGCAUUAUGUUCGGACUCAUGAAUACACAUCUGGAAGUGCAAAGACUCGUCUGCCAAUAUCUGCACCUUCAUUCUUUGAUGAUGAUAACUCCCUUCAGGAAGUCAUUAGCCAUACUUCACAUGAUUUCCAGGAAGGGGAGUUCGUUUGCCCGGGAUUCUUCCAGAUGGUAAACCCGGGGAAUUUUGUGCAUCGAGUCAUGGCGCCAGACUGGGACUACAUGAUGCGGAGACAGGCACAAGCAAUCCUGCCAUUCCUCUACUUGGGCCCUGUCUCCUGUUUGAAAGACAAAGCCUGGCUCGCCCAAGAGGGGUUCACCUUGCUGCUGGCGAUACGCAACAAACGCUCAGCACAGGCGCGCCUAGUCUCUGGUGAAAAAGUUGGUGCGGAGCUGGGAAUCGAAGCAGACGCGGUCGAUGUCAUGGACAACCAGGAACUUAUCUCGGCAUUUCCUUAUGCUAUACGCCGCAUCAACGACCAUCUCGUGUCGUGUGGGCCUGCUGUUCACUCCAACGCGCCAAAAAAGAUCUUUGUCUUCUGUGAGUCUGGCAACGAGCGCUCAGCCACGGUAGUCAUCGCAUAUCUGAUGGUUAUGCUCAACUUGAACAUGGCAGUCGCGUCACAUCUCGUCCAGCUUCGAAGAUUCUGUAUCUGCGUUGAAGAACCACUGAGAGAACUCCUCGCGUCCUUCCAGUCUAUCCUUGACGCCAAACGGGAUGUGUAUAAGGCCAUUCAAGCGUCUACGUCGGACUCGACUUCAGGAAUCCCUCAAGCGACUGUGUCUAGGAAAAGAAACAUUGCUGAUCGAUUUGAUGAGCCUACAGGUUCAGGUGGUGAUAUGCUGGGACUGGAGAUGGACAUGAAUAUGAAUAUUAUGGAUGACGGUGCAAUUGAUAGUAGAAAGCCUCUUGCCCCAUUCCAAGACCGUUCAGAUUGA